AUGCCAGGCACUUCGCGCAUGCCGGUCAGCCUCCGGCAGAGCAUUGAUAGCGUCAAGAGAUCGAGGCCGAGGAAUCCGAUGCAGGUGGUGAACCUCAAUGUCGACUUAAUCCGCAACAUCGUCUUCUUCCUCUUCCUCCUCCGCUGGACCCGCCGCGCCUUGUGGAAGCUCAAAGGCCGUGGUCUCUUCGGCACCCUCUUCGAGCUCUUCACUGAUGCCCGCCGCAUUCUCUACGGUUACUUCCUUCGCCUGCCCGGUGUGCGCACCAAAGUGCGCGCCCAAAUCGACGAUGCCCUCACCAAGAUGCAAGCCAAGAUGAUCCCCGCCGGCCAAACCCGCUACCUCUCACUCCCCAAGGAAGGCUGGACCGAGGAGGCCGUCCGCAAGGAGCUCGAAGCGCUGGCCACCAUGGACCACACGCGGUGGGAAGACGGCUACGUCUCGGGCGCCGUCUACAGCGGCGAGGACGAGCUCCUCAAACUCCAAACCGAAGCCUACGGCAAGUUCACCGUCGCCAACCCGAUCCACCCGGACGUCUUCCCGGGUGUGCGCAAGAUGGAAGCAGAAGUAGUCGCCAUGGUCCUCUCCCUCUUCAACGCGCCCCCGGGAGCCGCCGGCGUGUCCACCUCGGGCGGCACCGAGUCCAUCCUGAUGGCCAUCCUGAGCGCGCGCCAAAAGGCCCACCACGAGCGCGGCGUCACCGAGCCCGAGAUCAUCAUCCCCGAAACCGCCCACACGGCCUUCCGCAAAGCAGCCGAAUACUUCAAGAUCAAGCUGCACCUGGUCUCCUGCCCUGCGCCCUCGUACCAAGUCGACGUCAAGCGCGUGGCCCGCCUCAUCAACCGCAACACCAUCAUGCUCGUCGGCUCGGCCCCCAACUUCCCGCACGGCAUCAUCGACGACAUCUCGGCGCUCUCCAAGCUCGCCCUCCGCAAGAAGAUCCCCCUGCACGUCGACUGCUGCCUGGGUUCCUUCCUUGUUCCCUUCCUCGACAAAGCCGGCUUCGACACCCAACCCUUCGACUUCCGCCUCAAGGGCGUCACCUCCAUCUCCUGCGACACGCACAAGUACGGGUUCGCGCCCAAGGGCAACUCCACCGUGCUUUACCGCACCGCCGAGCUCAGAGCCUACCAGUACUUCGUCGACCCGUCCUGGUCAGGCGGCGUCUACGCCUCCCCCGGCAUCGCCGGCUCGCGCCCCGGCGCGCUCAUCGCUGCGUGCUGGGCCUCCCUCAUGGCCGUCGGCGAGGAAGGGUAUCUAAAGUCUUGCACAGAAAUCGUGGGCGCAACCAAGAAACUCGCCGAGCAUAUCCGCUCGCACCCCACGCUCGCCCAAGAGUUGGAAAUCCUCGGUAACCCACUAGUCUCCGUCCUCGCCUUCCAAGCCCGCGGCGACCUCAACAUCUACGACAUCGCCGACGGCAUGUCCGUGCGGGGAUGGCAUCUGAACGCCUUGCAGAACCCACCCGCUAUUCACGUAGCCGUCACAGCGCCCGUGGCGAAGAACUGGGAAAAGCUGGCGAGCGAUCUCGAGGGCGUGGUGGAGGAGGAGCGCGAAAAGGAGCGGGUGAGGCAGGUGGAGGCGCUCAAGAUGGGUGGCGAUAACAAAACGGGAAAGCAAAAGGCGACCUCCGGUGACACGGCGGCGCUGUAUGGCGUUGCGGGCAGCUUGCCGAAUAAGAGCGUCGUGGUGGAUCUGGCGAGGGGGUUUUUAGAUUUGUUGUAUAAGGCUUAG